AGGCCUGCAGGGCGGCCGCUUUUAAUCCUCUCGCCGUGGGCGGGCCGGGGCCAGAAACGGGGCCGGGGCCGGAGCCGCGGCAGCGGCACCCAGCGGAAGAGGCCGCCCGGCGCGAGGCCCGUUCCCGGCGGAGCGGAGCGGAGCGGCGGGGCGCCGAGCGUCCCCCGCGCGGGGCAGUCUACCAUGGAGACUCCGGCCGCGGGCCUGGCGGUGGUGCACGUGGACUUCCCGGAGGUGACGAGCGCGCUGUUGGAGAGCCUGAACCAGCAGCGCGUGGAGGGGAAGCUGUGCGACAUCGCCAUCCACGUGCAGGGCCGCGUCUUCCGCGCCCACCGGGCGGUGCUGGCCGCCUCCUCGCCCUACUUCCACGACCAGGUAUUGCUGAAGAACAUGACCUCGGUGGUGCUGCCCAGCGUGAUGGACCCCGUGGCCUUCGAGAUGGUGCUGGGCUCGGCCUACACCGGCCGGCUGCGCAUGGCCCGCGACGAGAUCGUCAACUUCCUGACGGUGGGCAGCGUCCUGCAGAUGUGGCACAUUGUGGACAAGUGCACAGAGCUGCUCAAGGAGCGCCGGGCAGGCCACCCGGGCCCCUCCGCCCAUGCCGCCGUCGCCUCCUCCUCCUCCUCCUGCAGCGCCUCCCGGGCUCACUCUAGCCGCACCAGUGACAACCAGUCACCCAGCAGCAGCAACUACUUCAGCCCCCGUGACUCGGCGGGCGAGGGCCCCGACCAGGCUAAGUGCGGCCCCCGGGGCGGCUCGGUGGCCAGUGAGCGGGAUGACGAGGAGGUCGUCUUCCGGGCCGAGAAGGGCCCCUCCCACGGCCCAGACCCCUUUGCCGGGGGCAGCAGGUUCGUCCUAGAGACAGACGAUGAUGCCAGUGAUGGCGGCGGGGAGCUCGGCUGCAGUGAGGGCCGCCGCCCGGCCUAUGUGCGGCCCAGCAUCGUGCCCCAGAAGCAGUGGAUCCUUGUCAAGAAGGAGCGUGCGCAGGAGGACCUGGUGCUCACCUGCGAGGAGGAUGAGGACCCCGUGGAGGCGGUGGCAGCUGGCCCAGUCCCUGAGGCCGCCCUGAGCAUCAGUGAUGUCCGCACCCUGACCGACCCCAGUGGCGCCAAGCUGGAGGAGCAGGUGAACUUCUGCGAGUCCUCUGAGGACUUCUCCUCGCCCUAUGAGGGCCUGGAGGAGGGCUCCCCACUGCCAGGUGCCCUCUCACAGCGGCCCCUCCUACCCAUGGACAUGCAAGGCAACCAGAUUGUGAUCUUCCCCCCACAGGCACCCGUGGAGCACGGGGCCGUGCAGCUGGCGGCUGGCUCUGGGGAUGGGAACAAGAUCUUCAUGUGCCACUGUGGGAAGGCCUUCUCCCACAAGAGCAUGCGUGACCGGCACGUCAACAUGCACCUCAACCUGCGCCCCUUCGACUGCCCCGUCUGCAACAAGAAGUUCAAAAUGAAGCACCACCUGACGGAGCACAUGAAGACCCACACGGGCCUCAAGCCCUAUGAGUGCGACGUCUGUGCCAAGAAGUUCAUGUGGCGUGACAGCUUCAUGCGCCACAAAGGCCACUGCGAGAGGCGCCACCGCCUCGGUGGAGGUGGUGGCGGCAUCUCAGGCACCUCUGUGGUCUCUGGGGUUGCCAAGAAGGAGGCGUCGCCAUCCCGUGUCACAGGCGAUGCUGAAUGGUCCACCGGGAGGUCACCACGCAGUGAACUGGGCUUCACGGGGAGUAGCAAGAUGUGAAGAGGGGAGCUGUGGACCUGUCGCCCUCCCUGUGAGGAAGACCCUUCUGGCCCUCAGAUGAGCUGGAGUCCUUCCCCUUCACUGACUGCCAUGCACCGCCGGACCCCUUUCCCUGGACAAGCCCUGCAGCCUCUGCGGGUGGGGUGGUGGUUGUGGACAUCUCCAGCCUCUCCUCUGAUGAAGGUGUGCUGCUUGGCCGGGCUCUUCCCAUCAUGCAAUGGGCCAAGCCUGGGAGGAGGUGCAUUAAGGCCCUGGACAGGCCUAGAGCUGGGUGGGUGGGACCCCAGACCCUCCCUCUUUUGCAGCCCUUGCCUAAAAUCCCCUUUGGGGGAAGAGGAUGACUUGCCUGGGAAGCAGCCAGCACUAAAUGUCCCCCUCUGACCCAUUUGCAGGGGGAGGCCCCAUUGAUGUGGCAGCAGCCUCCUCCUCCUCCCUCUGGGUGUGUGUCUGCCUUGGGAGUGCAGACAUUUUGGGAAGAGCCACUGCUUUGCCCUGGGAGAAGUCGGGGGGGAUCUUUCAUGGAGGGGCAGUUCUGAACUGGCUGGAUGAGUCCAAGAGCCAGAAGCUGGCUGUGUGCCCAGAGAGGACCCCUUGCUUUGGGGGAGUCGCACCAGCCCCUCCAGACCCCUCCCUCCUAGAACGGCUGUGCUCUGCUCUCCUGUCCCAGCCAUGUGGGGAACCAGGAGAAGCUUCCUCCCCCCUCCCACCGUUUGAGACCCCCUCCCCCAUUCGUUCCUUCUUAGGUGAAAUAUGUUGUCCUUCAAUUUGGUUGGGGCCAUUUUUUAAAACGAAAGCG